CGCACCUCUCAGAGGCUACUUGAGAGAAGAGCACAUUCUGAACAUUUUGAAUGCAGCAUGGCUUGUGCAGAUGUUGACAUGGACAUCCGAGACGCAGAAGACACUGAGUACGGCCUGUGGGCGCCUGAUAUCAACAUGCAAAUAGCAGAUGAUGAGGGGACACGCAAAGAAGACAGCCAGAAAGCGACCAUAUUGAGACGAUACCAAGCUUCACAUCAUGUCCUGGUGGAUGGCAGGGGGCCAAUGCACAGCCUGCUGCAGAAAAACACUGCUGUGUUGGGGUCCCUCCAGAUUGUCAGCGGGAUCUUCAGUGUUGGAUUGGGUGUCAUUUUUGCUGUAAGCCAUGACAUGACAACGUCUCUAUUUACACUCUUUAGAGUUGCACUCUGGACUGGAACGCUUUUCAUAUUUGCAGGAGUUGUGUCCACCAUGCUGCGGAAACAUCCAGAAUUGCUACCUGUGUCCCUCGUCAUCAACAGAGCUGGUAUUGUUGCUGCAUUAGCUGCAGUUGGUGUGAUAAUCACUGACUUGACUGGAUGGGAUGAAGAAAAUGCACAGUAUUUGAAGAUGGAGGUGCUGGAACUUUGUAUGUUGGGACUUCAGGUUUUGAUGGCUGUCGUUCUCUGCUUAUGGAUCUCCAAAAAGAAAUGCGCUACGUUUGUAUGUUAAAUUCAUCCAUUUCCAUAAUCAAUUUUAAGAAAUGUGCUUGUAAAUUUUGAGGAUCACCCAUUUGUUACAUUUUUACUAUAUAUUUUUUUAGUUUUAUAUGAUCUUGAUGUUUAGUAGAAAAUAUGCGCCCUUCUCUUUGUGAAACUCACUUUGUGGUUAUCAUAGUGCUUACAGUGUAUCUGCUAUACGUGUCUUGACCGUACGCAAUAUGACACUCUCAGCUUAUGGUGGUAAAUCAUGGCUACAAUGCAUUUUUAAUACAAAUGUUUUAAUCAUCUGUACAAGGCAGGACAGCACACCACAGUAAUAAUAUGACAGUAGAGAAACAUUUAUCUGCCAGCUAGUCUGUGCUUUGUAAAUUACACAAUAAUUAUCAUAAUAACAAUAAAAAAACAUCUACAAUAUAAACACAGACUCAUACCUAUAGUUACUUUUUAAAGGAAACCACAUGAGUACCAUCAUGCUAUGAUCAUGUCCAAUUAUUUUAUUAAUAAAAUGACGCGACCUUGGAAGUCUUCAGUGCUCCAACAUGGUAGGUGAAGUUGAGAACUUUACAGCUGAAAAAAGAAAGGAAAUGUUUUAGAGACAG